AUGAUAAGAAGAACGCAAGCGCGAACCUAUCGACCAGCUAACCCUCCGGGUAACACCCUUGCGAUCCUCAGCCGAAGCUCACUGCUUCUCCGGCGAACUAGUGGGUAGUACACGCACGCGACACAGAUUUCAACUUGGAUUGUUUAGUUUCUCCUUCCUCACCUCUCUUAUUUCAUCCUUUCCUUUUGGAUUACCUUACGUUGAAGUGUUAUUUCACAACUUGGGAAAAAAAAGGGCACAACAAAGAGACGAAUCGAUAGUGAACGUCGUCGAGCAAGCCACAAAGCCCAAGACACGAAAUCUCCGCCUCCAUCUCCCGUUCCUAAGCCGCUCGAAGAAGACGAAGAUCGUCGCAUACGGUGACCAUCCGACCACCAAAAGCCACCGGAAUUCUGCGGUUUUGGUCAGGAGGACGAGGUCGGUGUUAAACCAGCAAGAUUACCGGCCGCGGCGGUUGCGCCAAAUACUGUGGUACAGCCCCUUCACCCGGCAACAUUUCAUUCUCCAGCUUUCGACAGUCCUUCACUUCCAAUGUUAACUACCUGAAACGGAGUUUGUCUUCCAGGUUCUCGUCAGGGGAUUUGAGCUCGGAGCUCGACGAUGAACCAAGCACAGACUCCGGGCUGGCCUCCAUGGCCAGGGAUUCGUCCCAAUCGUAUCAAGCGGUACCGGAUCGGCCAUUGCAGUCUCAGCCGACUCCUGUUCCACCGGCUAAUCAGCCACCGGUACCUGGGGCACCGCCGUCUGGACCACCUCAACCCGUUGGCGGUGAUCUAAGUCUCAACCUGAGACCCGGAUCGAGAACCACCAGCGCUCCUUCCUCACCGGCCAAGACACGGGAAAGUUUACUCCAGAGAGUUCAAAGUUUGACCGGAGCUGCUCGCGACCAGGGUGCAUCGAUUCUAGGAGCAGCGGUGUCAGGUGCAACUAGAGGGCCAUCUUACAACAAAGAUCGGUGUUUCACCCUGCUAGUCAUCGAUGACCAGAAUACCGACUGGAGCAAAUAUUUCCGGGGUCGUAGGCUUCAUGGUGAUUACGAGAUCCGUGUAGAACAGGCGGAAUUUAGGGAAUUGUCGUUAACUGCGAGCGAGACUGGUACUAUUGUGUCCAUGGCGGUUUAUCGUAACGGAACCAAAGUCAUCCGAUCUUUCAAACCUGAUUUCGUCCUGAUACGACAGAACCUAAAGGAUGCCGGAGAAGACAACAAGAACCUUCUUCUCGGUUUAAUGUACGGCGGUGUCCCGAGCAUUAACAAUCUGACGGCGAUUUACAACUUUCAGGAUAAACCAUGGGUGUUCGCACACCUAUUGGGGCUUCAACGUCGUUUAGGAAAAGACAACUUCCCCUUGAUCGAGCAAACUUACUAUCCCAACCAUCGUGAAAUGGUGAGUGCAUCUCGUUAUCCGGUUGUGGUGAAACUCGGGCACGCCCACGGUGGAGUGGGAAAAGCCCGUGCCGAGACGAAUCAAGAGUUUCUAGAUCUCGCCUCUUUGGCUGCUUUGGCGAACACCUAUUGCACGUCGGAGCCGUACGUCGACACCAAAUACGACGUUCACGUGCAGAAAAUAGGCAAUAACUAUAAGGCGUUCAUGCGGAAGAGCAUAAGCGGAAACUGGAAGUCUAACACCGGUUCGGCGAUGUUGGAGCAAUUAGCCGUGAGCGAAAGACAUCGCACCUGGGUUGAUCACGUGGCCCAAUUGUUCGGUGGAUUGGAUAUCUGUGCGAUCGAGCUGUUGGUCGGGAAGGAUGGUCGAGAAUACAUAAUCGAGGUGAAUGAUAGCGCGCUGUCGUUAAUGGGAGACUCACAAGAGGAAGACCGUCGUCACAUUGCAGACCUCGUCACCGCGAAAAUGCAGGCAUGUUGUCGACCUCCAAGCGUGUUGACGAAAACGACAUCCAGAGGAUCGAUGUCUGGCUCCAGUCAGGCAACGAGUCCUGUAGAAGAUCGCACUGUGCCACCAACAGCUCCGCUAGGAUCGCAUGGAAGCAUGGGGUCCAUGGCUAGCAUAGGAAGCUUAGGUUCUAUGGGCUCCACGACAGCAAUGGCGGGUGAUGUAACUAGUUCUGAUAGCCACCAUCAACUGCAACGACGCGAUUCUCAAGCAUCGCAAUCGAGUACAGUGAGCAGCGCUCCAUCGGUUGGUCGACGCCAAGAAGAUGUUCCAACAUCGAGAGUACCUUUCCACAGACAAGGCAGCCAAUCUCAGAGCGAAGACACCGAAGACACCAUGAAGAACCUUCGGAAAACGUUUGCAGGAAUUUUUGGAGACAUGUAAAUUUUUCGAACGAAAGUGUACUGGAGCAAAGGAGAUCAUUUUAGGAUUAUUAUCAAAUUUAAGUUAGUGAAAAAAAAGUAUUUAAAAUGUAAAUGAAUUAGUUAAUAUUUUUAAUGAAACAUCGUAUUUUUUUAUAUAGCUUCUUCAUUAUCAGUCAUGUAUAGGAGUAAUUUUGCAAUUAUAGGAUUUUUGUUAAACAGUUACAAGAUGUAUUUAAAUUAAUUUGUCGAAUAUGAAAAUGUACUGGAAAGGAAUAUAUAAUAUAGUCGAUAUAUUUGUAGAUCAUCAAGCUCAUCUAAAUGACGCUCGCGUCCCACACUGGACGCCAUAUAACAAUGUAAAUUUUGCUAACGGUCCACGGCGAUGUGUAUAAACAUAAACAUAACUUAACUUUUCGUUUUUUAUCAGUUCAAUAGUUCAUCCAUUUCUUGCCAUUCGAUUACGUUGAGCGAAAUAAAAUAUCGUUGGAAAUUUAUUCUUCUAGAAUUCUUGCUAAUCGCGUUGCUAUUGCUUUGUACUUGAUUAUUAAUCGAUAUCGCGUAUUCAACGCAUCGGUUGCUAUUCAAAUAUUAACUACGUAUUUUCGAUAAGGGGAGGGUAAGUAAAAAUUAAUGGGGGAUUUAAAGAAAGAGUCGUGGUCGUUUAUGUAUAUUAAAAAGUAAAAAAAUAAAAAAAUCGUAAUGUAGAUUCUAUGUAUUCGAUGUAUUCAGCAUUUACAUAGUGGCUAGGGAAAAUUCUCUCAGGUUAAAAUAGUAAAAGAAUGAAUACUUUUCCAAGUGUCCAGUUAUGUUUCGUUACCAUCGACGUAUCCGUUCUGCAUACUCGUCUCGUUUACGGGGAACGCCGCCACUUGGUUUUUCGAUUCCAACAGGCAACAGUACCAUAGGCCCCUGUCAUCUCCUCAUCCGACUUUACUUCAGGCGUCCACUUUUUAGGCUUAACUUUCGAUUAUAGCAUUGUCUAAAGGCGAGGGAACGGGAAUGAUGCGGAAUGAAAAGAACAAGAAAGCUGGAGAGAGGAAAAAAUGGAAGAUGAGUUAUAAAUUUAAAUGGCUGAUGGAAGUCCUGCAGUAAAAUACAUAUUUGUAAAAUUAUUAAAAAGUAUUUGUAAGCCGACGUCAUUCAAAAUGAUUGAGGAAAACAAAAAAGAGGAGAUUCGGGCAUUAUACUGAACAUUUGGCUAGAGAAGACUUCGGAUCGAUCGUCCGGCACUCAAUGUCGGGCCAAUGGAAGAACAAGAUCGACCAGUCUGUAUCUUAAGCGCACAAAUAGUCAUUAGGAUUUCGAGACACGGGCAGUACUUUGACAUCGUGCAUGUGAACAACGCAAACGUUUGGUCUAAUAAACGGGACUUAUGGUGAGGGAGAAAUGAAAAAAAUUCUUCUGCAGAGUCGCCGGUUCUUGAACAAUGAUACGUUUCGGCCUGCAAAAAGUGUAAUUCCUCGGCCGGCGACCUUUCGAUUUGGAUUAUUCAAAAUUCAUUGUCUCGAAUAGUAUUGAGCAUCUCGAUGUUGAAAACUGUCCUGCAUUCCGAUAACGAACUGUUUCUUUUUCCUAAAUUUUCACGCAUUUGUAGGUCAUUUGUAAAGGAAAAAAGGAUUUGCACAAGGCGACUUGGCACGCUUGCUGAAAAUUCAUGAAAAAAGAGAUGUUCGUUGCUCCGUAGGCUUUAAGAACAAUUACCGAUGAAAUCAAAAUGUAAUAAACGGGUUUGUGAACUAGGAACGGGAAGCGAAAGGGAAGCGGCCGCUAGUUGCCGCGAGAAUGAUUAAAAAAAAACAUGGGCAUUCAGUAAAUCGCGAUUCUUUGCGAUCGUGCAGAAAAUCCGAAGCACACCAAGCAACCUUUUGAUGAUCUGCAAAUAUAAUCGUGUUUGCUUGCCUGAGUUAACUUGAUUCUAUUGAAGCUCCUUUGAUUCAGUACCCGCUGGAGAAGGAUCUGGAUUUGCGAAGUAAAAACCAAUCGACGAAAGCGAGAAGAGAGAACGAAA